UCUUCUUCUCCUUCUCGUCGUCGUCUUCUUCUUCUUCUUGAGCCCUGAGAUUAAGAGAGUGCAUAGCAGAGGAGGUGGAUAAUUUGGAGAAACGAUGGAACCAUAUACAGAAACGACUCCAAGAGCCACAGUCGUGUUGCUCUUCUUCUCCUUCGUUCCCCUCUCUUUCUUGGUCAGCUUCAGUUGCUGCGCUGACCCUACGUACCUCUACGACAAUUGCCCCAACAAAACUCUUUACACAACCAACAGUAGCUACCAAUCCAACCUCAAAAGCCUCCUCUCUUCUCUUUCCUCCGACUCCAACUCCAACAACAGCUAUGGUAAUGAAGUCACCGGCGAGAGCCCCAAUUACAUUUACGGCCAAUACUACUGCAGAGGCGAUGUCACCGGCGAUGUCUGCCGUGAUUGUGUGAACUACGCCGCUAAAGAUAUCGUCCAGCACUGUCCCAACGGGAAAGUCGCAGUCAUUUGGUACGACGAGUGUACAUUGCGUUACUCCGACCAGCUCUUCUUCUUCAGUAUCAAUGAUUCCUUUACCGUGAUGAUGCUGAAUCCACAGAACAUCUUUGAUCCGACUCGGUUUAAUCAGUUAUUGGCCAAUACGAUGAACGAGACCGUAAUUGAAGCUGCCUCCGAUUCUAAUAGAUUCGCCACUAAAGAAGCUACUUUUACGCAAUUCCAGAAUCUGUAUUGUUUGGCACAGUGCAGCCCUGAUUUAUCAAGGAAGGACUGUAACACAUGUCUUGCGCUUGCUAUUGGUGAUCUCCCCAUUUGCUGUGCGAGCAAGCAAGGUGGGAGGGUUUUCAAUGCGAAAUGUGGCAUCAGGUUUGAGGUGUACCCUUUCUAUCUAACCGGAGCUUCAGCACCGGCUCCUUCGCCUACUCUUGUUUCUCUGCCGCCUCCGAGUAACGGAAGUACCAUUUCUGAAAAACAAGGAAGCUCAUCUAGAAAAAUUGUUACCAUUGUUGUGCCAACUGCGGCUGCAGGAGUGAUUCUUUUCUCUAUUCUCUUGUACUUUUUUCUAAUCCGGAAGAAAAAUGAGGACCCAUCAAAGAAGAACGGUGGGAACUCAAUUGAAAGUGCGGAUUCGUUGCAAUUUAAUUUCAGUACGAUACUUGCAGCCACAAACAACUUUGCGGACGACAAUAAGAUUGGUGAAGGAGGAUUUGGUGCCGUUUAUGAGGGUAAACUUCCUAAUGGACAAGAAAUUGCUGUCAAGAGACUCUCAAAAAACUCAGGACAAGGUGCAGAAGAAUUCAAGAAUGAGGUUGUGGUAGUGGCAAAGCUUCAACACCGCAAUCUGGUUAGGCUAUUGGGAUUUUGCUUGGAAGGAGAAGAAAAGAUCCUUAUCUAUGAAUUUGUACCCAACAAAAGCCUUGAUUACUUCCUAUUUGAUCCUAUGAAAUGUGUACAGUUAGAUUGGCAGACACGUUACAAGAUCAUAGGAGGGAUUGCUCGAGGGUGUCUUUAUCUUCAUGAAGAUUCUCGUCUUCGAAUUAUUCACAGGGAUCUUAAAGCAAGCAAUGUAUUGUUAGAUGAAGAUAUGAAUGCCAAGAUCGCUGACUUUGGGAUGGCAAGAAUUUUUGGUGUGGACCAAACUCAAGCAAAUACAGACAGAGUAGUUGGGACUCUUGGUUACAUGUCUCCGGAGUAUGCAUUGCAUGGGUUUUUCUCAGUCAAAUCAGAUGUAUUCAGCUUUGGUGUAUUAAUUUUGGAGAUUGUAAGUGGAAAGAAGAACAGUAAUUUCUAUCAAAGAGACUGUGGUGGGGACCUUAUAAGCUAUGCAUGGAGACAUUGGAAUGCAGGAACAACCUUUGAGUUGAUUGAUCCAAUCCUGGGAGAAAAUUAUUCAAGAAGUGAAAUGAUGAGAUGCGUUCAUAUUGGGUUACUGUGUGUUCAGGAAGAUGUAGCUGACAGACCCACUAUGGCGAACAUAGUCCUUAUGUUGAGCAGCAACUCAGUUACUCUACCAUUACCCUCAGAACCAGCAUUUUAUGUGCGAAGCAAAAUGGAAUCAGGCAUGUCAGAUCAAUCUACAAGCAGUACGAUACCGAUAUCUGUUAAUGAAGAGUCAAUCAGCUCUGAUACCCAAAAAUAUGAGUGGAGAAGGGUAAUGUAGAAUAAGUGUAUGCUAGUUGUUAAGUGAGGUUGGAUUUGUGCAACAUUUAGUUAUGCCUUGAAUGGAGAUGGACCAUUCACAGAAGCAA